AUGAGAGUGCCAAUUACCCUUCUCUUGAUCCUCGCCUGGACGGGUGUUCCCGUCCUUGGGGAAGGGUUCACUAUGUCUGCUCCUGAGCUUGCGGACUACUGCUUCUAUGCUGUUUACGAAUCUUUGAGCUCGUAUGCAUAUCUAGGAGCUACUACGACCAGCUCAGGCUCAGGCUCAACUAACUCCACCUCGUCUGACUCCUCGAGCUCUUCCAGUACCGUUGUCAGCAUACUACAUGGCUCUUCAAAACGGGGAUUUGCAAAGAGAAUAGCCAAAAUGGCCAAGCGUGGUCACCAUGGCAGUUCGUCCACCGGUGGUUGCACCAGUCCAGUAGGUGUCAUGUCGUUGUACGCCAGUGCAAAGUCGUGGUGCAACCAGAAGCAACUGGAAGCCGCGAUCCCUUACUGGCAAACAUUGUGUGAACAAAACAGCGUCAGUCUCAUCAGCAUGACUGAUAUUAUCGCCAACACCACCGACUCUUACAUAGCCUCUUUGCCGAUCAUCGACCCAGAGACCAACAGCACAACCACAACCGGCACCAUUGAGAGUCCAGUCUUGCUCAGCCAUUCGUACUACAAGCGGGCUUACAAGUCUUACGUCACACACGACUAUGCACACAGCAAAGACAUCCGGUAUGGUUGGGGUCUCAUGGGCUACUGGGCUGGUAUUCUUGUUCUCGGCAUGAUCGUCAAGGCCUGGAAAACCAUGCGGGCUCAGCUCUACACUCGCAAGUCAGGGGUUUCUGAGAAGAGCGGCUUCUACGCAGCUGGUCGUUCAUCUUGCGCCCCUGUGCCAGCUGUUACUCACUUUCUUCGGACGUACCUCGUCAUUCCGGCCAGUUUCGCCCCGGGCUUGACCAACCACCAGCAGCUCAAAUGGUUCCAUACUAUCCCGAAGCGAUUGGAUCUUCUAAUCGUCUUUGGUUGGUGGGCUGUGUGUGUUAUUCUAUCAUGCGUCGACUACCAGAGUUUCAAAGGGAACAUCCAGACGCCGAGUCUCUCGCAGCAAAAUUGGCAAUACUUGUCUGGUCGUACUGGAAUUCUGUCCUACGCGUGUCUUCCUUUCCUUUGGCUCUUCGGUGGACGCAACAACAUCUUCCUCUGGGCUACAGACUUCAAUGUUCAGUCCUUCAACAUCUUCCACCGCCAUGUUGCCCGGGCCUGCACUAUUCUGGCGGUGGUCCAUUCAAUCAACUACACAGUUGUUUUCCAGGUCUACGAAGGCAGAUAUCAUACUGCACUGAAGCAGAACUACUUCUACAUGGGCGUUGUGGCUACAGUAGUAAUGUGCGUUAUGCUCUUCCAGUCCGGCACAUGGCUCCGCCGGAGAUUCUAUGAGACCUUCUUGAUCAUCCACGUUCUACUGGCCAUUCUGACCAUCUACGCUCUAUUCCGCCACACCAGCUUGAACGGAACCGCCCACAACUUCUACCUCUGGCCCAUGGUCGCCAUUUGGGGCUUCGACCGCGCAGUCCGCUACCUCCGCGUGAUCUACUGCAAUUGGAGCGUUUGGGCCGGCAAAGGCUUCGUCAAAACCACCUCCUCCACCGUAACCUACAGCCCCGCCAGCGAUCUGAUCCGCAUCGAAAUGACCCCCGCAGCCAAGGGCCUCACCCCAGCGUCCGGCCAGCACUACUACCUCUACCAACCCAGCACCCUCCGCGGCUGGGAGAACCACCCUUUCACCCUGGGGUGCUACAAUCUGUCUGGUCCCGAGCCCAAACUCACCUUCUACAUCCGUCCCUAUGACGGCUGGACCCGCCGUCUCCGCGACCGGUGCCGGUGGGCCGACACGGGCGCCCUGGCGAUCACACCACGCUUGCUUCUGGAGGGGCCCUACGGCCACCAGGCGCCCUUGCACACCUUCGACACUCUCCUUCUGAUUGUCGGAGGCACCGGUAUCGCCGCGGCGGUUCCGUACAUCCUCGACCACGUUUCCCGCCUGGCCGCACCAGCCAAGACCCGCACCACGAGGAUCCACCUCGUCUGGUCCAGCCGUCAGAGACAGAUGUUCGAUGAGAUCUGCUGUACCGAUCUGGCCACUGCGCUGGAGUGCCCGGACAUCCAAACGACGCUUUACUGCACUGAUAAGCGCAGUAUGGGCGCGACGACCACUGUAGUUGCGGACGAGGAAUUCGCCUCCUCCGCCGCCCCGCCAAUCCAGGCCGUGGACACAGAGUCGAAGGAAGUCGGGCCGGUUAUGCAGGAUUCGUCGAGCCAGGAGUCGCAACCUAUAAAGGUCGAGCAUCUCGGUCUGGAGCUGUUCUAUGGCCGUCCGGAUAUCCCGGCCACUGUCCAGGCCACGGCGGAAGAGGCGCGGGCGAGUGUCUCCCGCUUGGCGGUGUUGAUGUGCGGUCCGGCCGAGAUGGCGGAUGCGUGUCGGAUGGCGGUUUACUGGGUGAUGAAGGGCGGGUUCCGUGACGUCGAGUAUUUCGAGGAGGCGUUUGGAUGGUAG